AUGGAUGUCUUCAGAAAUGAAUUGACUUUAACCUUUUUUAAAGCUUAUUGCAAUGAAAAUAUUCGAGUAAUCGAUAAUAAAUUUCAACCCCUUGUAGGUAAAACUGUUGAGUACCUUUAUGAUCCAAAUAGCAGGGCUGAAGCUAUGCAAAUAGGACAUGAGUUAUUACAGCAGGGCAAUUAUAGGCAUUAUAUUGUAACUUUAGUUAAUGUUGAAGUCUUUAUUCAGAUGAUGUUUCAGAUUCGUUAUAAAAAUAUUCGUGCUAAACUCAAAAGUGCUAGGCCUAAUAAUUUGCUUAUAGCAAUAAGAGGGCAUCGUAAAUGGGAUAAAAAUAUUGUAUCAUAUAAACUUAAUCAAUCACCUGCCAUAAUAUCAUACCUCAAAGUUAAGCAUCAGAAACGUCUUUCUUUAUCAAGGAAACAGAUUUUGAUGCAGUUGCUACUUUCCAAAAUCUUUGAUCCUAAAGAAGCUGAAAAUCUUAAGUUUGACCAAGAGCGUUUUAUUCCAGAUACUAUGGCACUUAAACGUUUCUAUAUGCGAAAUAUUUAUGGUGAUAAAGAUAUAGACAAUAAGAUUUGGAAUAAUCUUUGUAAUAAAAAGUUUGUAAAAUAUUUUAGCCUGCCUGAACCUCAGAAAUAUUUCUUGAUGUUAUCUCACUUUCAAAAACAAGGCUAUAAUAAGGAGAAUGCAAUAAAAGGGUUAGAGGCCAAAAAUAUUGCGCAAUGGAAAGAUACUCAUUAUAAAACUAAUGAGAAUAUUGAGAAAUCAGUAGCAGAAGACUUGCACAAAUCAUAUUCAGCUAAUCAUUGGAAGGAUAUAAGAGAACUCUUUCAAAUACUAGGCUUUACUAGUAUAGAUAAUAAGCAUAUAAUUUCUGGUAAUAUAGUAUUAAAAGCAUUUACGUAA